UCCGGUGUUUGUCUACCCUCCCCUCUCGUUCGCCCACUGGCUUCAGGCGGCGGGUGAAGGGGGUUCCGGCUGAUCAGCGAGCGGUGCUGGAGCAGGGCGGGGGGAGAGAGAGCUACCUGAGCGGCAUGGAGAGCAAGCUGGCGCCCAACGGGGACAUUUACAGCACCGUCAACGGGUUCAUGGAGAAAGCGCACUCGGAGGGCAAAACUACCGCCUGGAAGAACGGUUUCGUGAAGCCGGGCUUUGCUCAGAACGGGCAGAUUCAUCAUAUUGCACAGAAUGGUGGAAUGUACAAAAAGCCAUUUAAUCAAUCCUUUGAGGAAACUCCCAUGCUUGUUGCUGUGUUGACCUACAUGGGAUAUGGAAUUCUUACAUUGUUUGGCUACCUCAGGGAUUUUCUACGGGCGUGGAAGAUUGAGAAAUGCCAUCAUGCAACUGAACGUGAAGAGCAAAAGGACUUUGUACCUUUGUAUCAAGAUUUUGAAAAUUUCUACACCAGAAAUCUGUACAUGAGAAUUCGAGACAGUUGGAACCGGCCCAUCUGCAGUGUCCCUGGAGCAAAGUUUGAUAUAAUGGAGAGAGUAUCCUAUGACUAUAACUGGACAUUCAAGUUUACUAACAAAAUCAUCAAAGAUGUCCUCAACAUGGGCUCAUACAAUUACUUGGGCUUUGCUGAAUGCCACGGCUACUGUGCUGAUGCAGCAACCAAAGCAACGAUCCAGUACGGAGUUGGUAUUUGUAGCUCACGGCAAGAGAUUGGUAACCUUGACAAACAUGAAGAACUGGAAAAAUUGGUGGCUCGGUUCCUGGGUGUUGACGCAGCUAUGGCAUUUGGGAUGGGCUUUGCUACGAACUCCAUGAAUAUUCCUGCUCUUGUCGGCAAGGGUUGUCUGAUCUUGAGUGAUGAACUAAAUCAUGCAUCGUUAGUGCUUGGAGCCAGGCUUUCAGGUGCCACCAUCAGGGUUUUCAAACACAACAAUAUGCAGAGCUUGGAUAAAUUGCUUAAAGACGCAAUUGUACAUGGGCAGCCUCGAACACGCCGACCGUGGAAAAAGAUUCUCAUUGUAGUGGAGGGGAUUUACAGUAUGGAAGGUUCCAUUGUCCGCUUGCCUGAGAUAGUAGCUUUAAAGAAAAAGUACAAAGCCUAUCUUUACCUGGAUGAAGCUCACAGCAUCGGGGCUCUGGGACCCACAGGUCGAGGUGUGGUUGAAUAUUUUGAUCUGAACCCCAAGGAUGUGGAUGUCAUGAUGGGAACUUUCACCAAGAGCUUCGGCGCAGCUGGUGGAUACAUAGGUGGCAAAAAGGAACUUGUGGACUAUCUUCGCUCAUAUUCUCACAGUACGGUUUACGCUACUUCAAUGUCUGCACCUGUUGCAGAACAGAUCAUCGCCUCCAUGAAGUGCAUUAUGGGAGAAGAUGGUACAACUCUUGGUCAAACCAGGGUUCAGCAGCUGGCGGAGAACACUCGAUACUUCAGACGAAGACUGAGGGAAAUGGGAUUCAUUAUCUAUGGAAAUGAUGAUUCACCAGUGGUGCCUUUGAUGCUCUAUAUGCCAGCCAAAAUUGGUGCUUUUGGUCGAGAAAUGCUGAAGCGAAACAUUGGAGUUGUGGUUGUUGGAUUUCCUGCCACACCCAUCAUUGAAUCGAGGGCCAGGUUUUGUGUAUCUGCUGCUCAUACCAGAGAGAUGCUGGAUACAGCUUUGAAGGUGAUAGGAGAGGUUGGUGACCUCUUACAGUUGAAAUAUUCUCGACACAAGUUAGAGCCUUUAAUUGACUGUCCAUCUGAUGAAACCACCUAUGAAGAAAUUGAAGAUUGAGCAAUACCCCUGGCUAGACAAGCACCUGCAUGUCCACGUCAAUUUUCAGUUCAAUACCACCCCAUUGUUUUGUGCUUUGAAUUUUCAUGUCUAUUUAUAUGUAAACAAAAAAAAAACUAAAUUGAACAGGCACACCCGAUGCCUCUAAAGCUGUUUGUGUUUCAGUAACAAGGUAUGUGUACAGGUUUCGGCAUCACUUGAGAAAUUGAAACAAAUGGGACACCUGAUCAGCAUGUCUACUUGCCUUUCCUAAUGUGAACUGCAGUUCACUUUGAGUGUGUGUCAUGGUAAGAAUGAGAACCUUACUCAGACAUGCAAACCUUGUUGGUGAAUCUUUUUUAUCAUUGUCCGAUUUUAAAUUCUUGCUUCCUUCCCUCCCCUGCCAAAAAAAAAUCACUGCAACAAGUACUGUAACUACUCCAGUCUUGUUUUUCCUUUUAAAUGUGGUCCUGCACAUCUUGAUAAUUACAAUUUUCAAGAAUUUGUUUGGCAGGAGAGGGACGGGUGCACAGGGAAAGUUAAACCUAUUUCAAACAAACCAUAUCUAAAUCAUUGUGAAUUGUUUUUCUUGGUGCUCAAUUGGAGAAGAAAGAUCAAUAACUCCUGAGGCUGAAGCUGGUGCUGGCUAGAAUUACCAAAUGAUUCACUUUCCUCUGAAAGUCUCAGUGUAUGUUAAGCUAUUUUGUUGUAAGUGUCUGUAUGUUCAGUGAUAUACUAUCCUCUUUACAAAAUCCAUGCUUGUGGUUUUCAUUAAUGUAGUUUAAAAUUGGUCCAAUGUUGAAGGAAAUGCUGGAGGAACAUUAUAAUUUUGAAUGGAAAUAAUGAAGAAAAAUGUGUAGGGAAGUUGCUAUCAAGUUUUCAGCUUUUGAUAUUUAGAAAUUAGGUGAACAAAUAGUUUAUUAUGUAUCUUGUUUUAGAGUUUUCAUUUAUCCAUCCACUAACAUCUACAAGUUAACCCAAAAGCGGAGAGCAUUUAAUCAUUUUUUUUCUUGUUACAUAUCUUCACUCUAGGUAAUGCUGCCAAAUAAUCAUGCAGUUUUCUUCCUUUCUUAAAACCUCACACUGGUAGUAUGCAUCAGGUUCUAACAUUUGUUCCUGCAGUUACAAUAUUCAGAAAUGAAGAAAUCAGGUUUAUUUAUUAAAUUGUGGUGUCAGCAGUGAGCACAAUUGGAGCUCCACAAUUAAUCUUUCUUCUAGACCUACGCGAAAUUUUUGUACCUAUUUUCUGUUAAUUAUUUCCGAUACAAGAAGCUAUCAAGUGAAGGCUCAGUUACUUGACUGAAAGGCACUUUCGGGUUACAGUUCUCAUACCUUUGCCAUUAGGUUAACCAUUGUCUGAAUUUCUUGAACAAAAUUUAAGGUGACAACAUUUAAAUUUCAAGAAUUUUGACUGAGUUGAGGGAUGCAUCAUUUCUUCACAAGUAACAUGGCUGAAGGUGUGUGAAUGUGCCAUCAUGGGUGGGAAUUCUCAGUUCUGCUUUGUUCAUGUCAUUGUAAGAAUUCUUGUGGGAUUUAUUACAUUUUUUGUAUUUAGAAAGGGAAGAGUUACAUAUUGCUUAAGUUCAUUUCCUGUCUUGAGCUGUAUUUAAUGGAUUGCCAUUCAGGCAGUUUGUAUGUGAAUGUAUAUUCUAAAUGUGCCUUUUUGUUUCUACAUGAUUCUAGAUUAAUGUUUACAUUACAAACUACAUAAUUAUGUUCUUGUAAACUUAAGGUUAAUGUUCCACAUGCAUUUCCUUUUCUCCUUUACUAGAAGAGUGUGAAGUUCUAAAUAUUGGGCCUUUGAAUUGUGGACUUUAUCCAUUUCAGGACUUAGCUUCUGUUACAAGCUAAGUACCAUCUUAAGAAGCUGUCCAGAACAGUUCAAAGCUAGAGACUUAUUCUGUAAAUGUCCUAAAUUUGUGUACUUGACUCUGUCAGUUCUCCCUACUCCCUUUUUAGUGAGCUGUCUUUUAUAUUGCCAUGAAGGAUGGCCAUGGUGGACUUCAAUUUUGCUUCCCUCCUACCAGCUAAGAGGAGGAAUAUGGGAUUCUCAGAUGGAUGCUCUAUACCACCUAUUGAAGGAAAAUCAAACUAAAAUGUAAAUUCCACUUAAAGAUUCAGAAAUCUUAUUUGUUCUGAUUUGUAUAAAGAUUUCUGCUUAGUUCAUUUGUUUAUUAAUUCUGUAGCUAUCUGUUAAAUGAUAUUAGAGUGUACCUCGGAAUAGGCUGUUAGUAUGUAGUGUAAGCUUGCCAGUAUUUCCUUCAGGUUUUUAAGGCUCGGGUCAAUAUCAGUGUAUCAGUAAACAUCUGAGCACUCUGUAUGUUGUAGCUUCAAAAAGUAACUACUUUUGCACUAAAUGUGGAAUACACAUUCAGUAUUGGAGGAGUUGCCUUCAAAUCUAUAUCAUAACUUUUGAAAAUACUGAUUAGAUCGAAUGGGAAGUAAUUGCUUUCCAGGUAGAUAUUCAGACAACCAAUAUGCCAGUCCAGGAGUGUGGAGAACACAUUUAAAUGGAUCAUAUUCAGGUAGUGUCAUAAGUUCCAUGAGCAACUGAAAGGAAUAUCUUCUGACAGCACUCAUUUUGUGCUUUGUUCAGUGAUUACAUUUGUUGCGCUGUCCCCCAGUGUAUGCUGAUCCUGGGAAUUGGUCUCCCUCGGUAAUAAUGUGAAGGAUGGUGGUCUUGGAGGUUGAGAAGAGGGUUUCAGUAUUGCUAUAUUAUAUAUGCCCAUGUAAUAGAAGAAACCUUCAAUAUUAUUAAACCUGUAGGCCAUUUGAUUCCUUAACAUGCAAAUUAUUCUUUGUGAUUUCAUGAAGUGUUUCGUAAAUGUAAGCUUUUAUUAUACUUGUACAUCCAAAAUUUAUCACGAUCAUCGGUUUAGCUUUGAUUUUAAGCCUGUAAAUCUUUCCCCAUCCUUGUUCUAUGUAAACGUUAAGCUUGCGAGUGUAGUUAUUUUUAGCUGUAUGAUCAGGGUGCUGCCAAUUUGAGACAAGUCAGUAGUUGUACUGAUUCUAACUGAUGGUUAAGGCAGUUGUAAAAGACCGUACAGAGACCCUUAUACAAGCACAUGGCAAUUAAAGCUAUGCAGACCUUUUAUAUAGUAAAUAAAUCUUUUAAUAUUGCUAUGUUUAAAGAAAAUGCAAUUACUUGUCCUCAGUGGAAAAUGUCAGUUAUUUUGCAAGGGGUUUAAACUGUUGGAAUUUAAGUAAUAUAAAUGAUGGUCUUCUGUAUGUUCUCUCGUUUUCUGUGUGUGCAAGGGUUCUUUUCUGUUAAAGACGCCUUUUAUUUCCUGAAGGUGCAUUUAUAGAGAGUGUGCUCCCAAUCUCAGCCAAGCUGUAAUGAAACAGGAGGAGAAAAAUGGUGCAAGUUCAAUUCAUGAAGCUACCAGUAACUGAGAAGUUGCACGUCCACCAUCUCCACCUAGGAAUGGUAAUGGCUGAGGUGUUCAUGGGAGUGCAGCACAUAAUAAUUAAGACAUUUAUAUAAAAUAUAUAUGUACACUGGUCUUUGGGUAUGACUGAAGCUAUGAAAGUUAAACUUCUAAAUGCACUUAAAUUCAGUUUCAUAAAUAUUAUUCAUUUGUAACUUUGCACAUUUGCAACAAAAGUAGAUUAUUCUUGUAACAAGCUGUUGUUUCACAAAUGAGUUAGAUCAUUUAUGGCACUUUUUGUAUCUGUACUUUUUGGCAGCAGUUUGUAAGGCUUCCUGGGCUGUUUGCAUGAUCAAGUUUGUACACUUUGGGCAGUGAAGGACUUCUCCUGAGACCAAGUGCUGCUUUUGUUUUUAUUAAGAGGGCCAGUCCAGGUACUGCAGAGUGAUAUAAUGUUAUAAAGCAGAGCUGCUAGUUAACAAAUGCAUCUCUUGUUAAAAUGUUGAGGUUAAAAUGAUUUUAGGAUGGGAACUGCAGGAUUUAGCUGUGGGGUUGUUGGGGGAGGAAAAGAGAAGCUUGAAUGUGUUGAUUGAUUUGUUGUCCCAUAUAACAUGUGGUGUUCUGCCCUGGCAUUUAAAAAACAUGUUGCCCAGUUUAACAUUGACUUUAAGGAACGGCUUUAAGUACUGUAACUUAUUCAAGUUUCAUCACAAGUGGCCAGUUUGAAGUGCAUUCCUAUGUUGCUAAAGUAAGGCAAGUGAAUAUUCCUUAAGGGACCGGAAAUGCAUUAUACAGAAAUUUAAACAGCAAGGCAAUUUUAUGGAUUAAUUCGUGUAACUUUUCAAUUCCAAUUUACUGACUUGAUAUCCAGAAUUUUUCCUUGAUUCAUUAAUCCAUGCAUUUGUGAUCAUCUUUGUUCCCUUUUAGCAAUGUAGUAAGGGUCCUCUUGAAACAGGGUCAUAUCGUGCAAUCUACAGAAGAAAUGACACCAUGCAAACUUGAACUUUUUAAAAUUGAAGCAUUUUUUAAAAAGUAAUCCAAAUCUAAUACUGAAUGCUGUGUUGCAUCCUUAUAUCUGAAAAACUGGUUUUGUAUGAUUGUUGUUAUCAAGACUAAAUUUUUAACUUGCAGUUUUCAGUGUGCAGUUCCCUGAAUAAGGAGUGUGUUUCUGAAACUUGAAAGACAAUUGGGCUCAUAAUUUAAAUUGCAAUAAACAUUUGCAAUUCUUGUGAAAUGUUCACAAAUCAGUGGGAUUGUUUUCCUCAGUUAAUAAAUUCAUUUUGAAUUGAGCGACUUGUUGAUUUUUGGAAGUCUCUAAAUUAUGUCAAAGGACUAGAAAUCCCAAUUUGUGGAGCUGUAUGAAACACUAAUUGUGAGCAGCAAUAGAGGAUGGAAGUGAAGGUUCCUUUAGCUGCGACAGAUGUGCAUUCCAGCAAUCAGACAGUUCAUUUUCUUGGUUUCUGAUUCAAAUCUUGGUUCUAACAGAAAUAUCAAACUGCAGUGUUGUAAAUGCAAGGAUUGAUCACUAAUUGUUGCUUCCUGUAACCUGCCUUUUUGUACAAGAUGUUAUAAGUGUACUUUUUUGACAGGACUCUAAGUACAGUAAUGUUUGUAUUGAAAUCUAAUCCACCUUUUACCUUGAACAUGAUUUUGCAAACAUCAUUGGUUUAUGAAAGUGUACUUUAUUCAUGCAUUGUUUUAACAUGCAUUAUAUUAUUGACACUGGAGAAUCAAUAACUGCAUUAAAAUUAACUGAGAAUUGUAAUAUGUUCUGAAUAAAAACUUUUAGUAUA